GGGCCCGGAGGCGGUGCAGGCGGGCGGCCAUUUUGUGGCUCUGCGCGGUGGCUGGCGCUGGGCUCGGCGCGGGGAGUGGGGCCUGUGUGGCGGCGAGUCCCUCUCUUUCUAACCCCUUUCCUCCUCCUCCUCCUCCUCCAAUUCCCCCCGUGCAGGCCGCUCGUCUAAAAGUUGGUUUUAAUUGAUUGCCCACAGGAUUGACUUGGCUUCUGCUACUUGUUAAGGAAAAAAAAACACCUCUUCUUGCAGGUGUGUGUGUUUCAGCGCAGCAUGGCUGUGGUCAUCCGCUUACAAGGUCUCCCAAUUGUGGCGGGGACUAUGGACAUUCGCCACUUCUUCUCUGGAUUGACCAUUCCUGAUGGGGGCGUGCAUAUAGUAGGGGGUGAGCUGGGUGAGGCUUUCAUCGUCUUUGCCACUGAUGAAGAUGCAAGGCUUGGUAUGAUGCGAACAGGUGGUGCCAUUAAAGGGUCCAAAGUAACACUGUUGCUAAGCAGUAAAACUGAAAUGCAAAAUAUGAUUGAACUCAGUCGCAGGCGCUUUGAAACAGCAAAUCUAGAUAUGCCGCCAGCAAAUGCUAGCAGAUCUGGGCCACCACCUAGUUCUGGAAUAAGUAGCAGGGUUACUCUUCCUACUACAGUUCCUAAUUUUAACAGCCCUUCUAGUGUAGUAACUGCAGCUACUUCAGUUCAUGAAAGUAAUAAAAACAUACCAACAUUCUCCACUGCGAGUAUGGGAACGGCACCUCCCAAUCUUGGUCCUACUUUUGGAAGUCCCACAUUUAGCUCUACUGUACCUAGUACAGCAUCUCCAAUGAACACUGUACCACCUCCACCAAUACCUCCUAUCCCAGCUAUACCAUCAUUACCCCCAAUGCCUUCGAUUCCUCCUAUGCCCGUUCCACCUCCUGUACCUACAUUGCCACCUGUGCCGCCUGUUCCCCCAAUACCUCCUGUACCACCUGUGCCACCUAUGACACCUUUGCCUCCAUUAUCAGGAAUGCCUCCUAUGAAUCCACCACCUGUAGCACCUUUGCCUACUGGAAUGAAUGGUUCUGGAACAGGAAUGAAUCUGAGCAGUAACAUGAAUCCAAUGUUCAUGAAUCCCAUAAAUGCUAUUCAGAUCAAUUCUCAGAGUGGUAUAAAACCACUUCCUAUUAAUCCAGAUGACCUGUAUGUCAGUAUCCAUGGAAUGCCAUUUUCAGCAACAGAAUCAGACGUCAAAGAUUUUUUCCAUGGACUUCGUGUUGAUGCAGUACAUAUUCUGAAAGAUCAUAUGGGACGAAAUAAUGGAAAUGCAUUCGUUAAAUUUUGCUCUCCUCAAGAUACAUUUGAAGCCUUGAAACGAAAUAGGAUGCUCAUGAUUCAGCGCUAUGUUGAAGUUAGUCCUGCAACAGAGAGACAGUGGGUGACUGCAGGAGGCCAUAUAACGUUCAAGCAAACCAUGGCUCCUUCUGGACAGAGCCAUCCACCUCCUCAGACUCUCUCUAUGUCUAAAUCUCCCAAUGGUCAGAAAAGGUCAAGGUCCAGAUCUCCACAUGAUCAGGGCUUCUGUGUUUAUUUAAAAGGUCUUCCUUUUGAAUCUGAGAACAAACAUGUAAUCGAUUUUUUUAAAAAGCUAGAUAUUGUGGAAGAUAGUAUUUACAUAGCUUAUGGACCGAAUGGGAAGGCACUUGGUGAAGGUUUUGUUGAAUUCAGAAAUGAAGCCGAUUAUAAAGCAGCUUUAUGUCAUCAUAAACAAUACAUAGGAAAUCGUUUUAUUCAAGUUCAUCCCAUAACUAAAAAGGCUAUGCUGGAAAAAAUAGAGAUGAUUAGGAAAAGACUGCAAAGUUUCAACUAUGAUCAACGAGAGAUAAUGAUAAAUACAGAAGUGGAGACGGGCCCGCCUAAAUUAUGUGCACGAAUAUCCAAUAUUCCCUACAACAUUACCAAAAUGGAAAUUCUUCAGUUUCUGGAAGGUCUCGCAGUAGAAGAAAACUCUAUCCAGAUCCUUGUUGAUACCAAUGGCCAAGGCUUAGGACAAGCAUUGGUCCAGUUAAAAACUGAAGAAGAUGCUCGUAAGUCAGAGCGCCUGCAUCGAAAGAAACUGAAUGGGAGGGAUGUUGUGCUAAGGUUAAUUUCUCUUGAAGAAAUGAAAGAAAUUGAAAGAAACCCUCCUGCUCUGGGGAAAAAAAUCUUAAAAAUGCCAUUACCAGGGAGUACAAUAGUGCCAGGAGUACAGAACGCUGGUGGGGAUGAACAUUCUUUCAUAGGUAGUAGUUCAAAGGAUGCAAGCAGUGGUCCACCCUUUCAUUUUCCCAGUAAUUUCGGUGGGUCAAAUUCAUUUGGACCCCCUCUUCCACCACCAGGUAUAGGAGGAGGUGGCUUUGGUGAUUCUAGACCCGGAAUGCCGUCUAUUGGAAAUAGUGGUUUGCCGGGUUUGCCUGGUUCAGGAAUAGAUGUCCCGGGAUUUGCAGGUGGGCCUAGUAAUUUAACUGGGCCACCUGGUUUUGGAGGUGGCCCUCAGAACUUUGGUAAUGGUCCUGGUAAUUUAACUGGUCCUCCUACUUUUGGUAGUGGACCUCCAAAUCUGAGUGGUGGGCUUGGACACUUAAGUGGACCUCCAGGAUUUGUGCCCGGGCCUGGGCCUGCGCCUGGAUCUGGACCUGCACCUGGACCUGGACCUGCACCUGGAAACCUACAUAUUACAGGUCCACCUGGGUUUGGAGCUGGCUCUGGUAAGCCAGGACCAACUGUUAUUAAAGUUCAGAAUAUGCCCUUUACUGUAUCAGUGGAUGAAAUUUUGGAUUUUUUCUAUGGCUAUCAGGUAAUUCCAGGUUCAGUGUGUUUAAAAUAUAAUGAAAAAGGUAUGCCCACAGGUGAAGCAAUGGUUGCAUUUGAAUCUCGUGAUGAAGCGAUGGCAGCUGUUGUUGAUCUGAAUGACAGACCAAUAGGUUCAAGAAAAGUGAAACUUAUGGCUCACUGUGUGACCAAGGUGGAACUGUCCAUAUCCUGUGACAAUCUGAUUGAUAAAGAUGUUGGCUCAAAAUCUGAUCCUUUAUGUGUCUUGCUCCAAGAUAUUGGUGGAGAGCAGUGGACUGAAUUGGCUCGAACAGAAAGAAUAAAGAAUUGCCACAAUCCUCAAUUUUCAAAGAAGCUACUGAUUGAUUAUUAUUUCGAGAAAGUUCAAAAACUGAAAUUUGGUGUGUAUGACAUUGAUAACAAAUCGUAUGACUUAAAUGACGAUGACUACCUUGGAGGGGCAGAGUGCACCUUGGGACAGAUUGUAUCAAGUAAAACAUUCACUCAACCUUUAAUGAUGAAGAAAGGAAAACCUGCAGGAAAAGGCGCUAUUACGAUUUCUGCAGAAGAAAUUAAAGACACUAGAGUUAUUUGUAUGGACGUUGAAGCUCGGAAUUUGGACAAAAAGGAUUUUUUGGGCAAAUCUGAUCCAUUUUUGGAAUUUUACAAGCAAAGUGAUAGUGGAAAAUGGCAGCUUGUCUAUCGAUCAGAGGUAAUUAAAAACAAUUUAAAUCCUUGCUGGAAAAAAUUCAGUGUUCCUCUGCAGACUUUCUGUGGUGGUGAUUUCAACAAACCAAUCAAGGUGCACUGUCAUGAUUAUGAUAGUGAUGGGUCACAUGAUUUGAUAGGCUCUUUUGACACUAACCUGUCCCAGCUACAGAGUGCAAGUGGCAGUUCUCCGGUAGAAUUUGAGUGUAUUCACCCUGAAAAGAAGAGAAAGAAAAAGAGUUAUAAAAACUCUGGCAUUGUUAGAGUGAAAUCGUGCAAGAUUGAAACCGAAUAUUCUUUCCUGGAUUAUAUCAUGGGAGGCUGCCAAAUUAAUUUCACUGUGGGCAUAGAUUUCACAGGGUCCAAUGGAGAUCCAAAAUCACCAGAUUCUCUUCACUAUAUAAGUCCAAAUGGGAUAAAUGAGUAUCUCACUGCCAUCUGGACUGUGGGGAGUGUGGUCCAGGAUUACGACAGUGAUAAACUCUUCCCAGCCUUUGGAUUUGGAGCUCAGGUACCUCCUGACUGGCAGGUUUCACAUGAAUUUGCAUUGAACUUCAAUCCUACCAAUCCUUAUUGCCAAGGAAUCGAAGGAGUUGUGGGUGCUUAUCGCCAAGCAUUGCCUCAAGUUCGUCUCUAUGGGCCAACAAAUUUCUCACCAAUUAUAAAUCAUGUUGCUAGAUUUGCUGCUCAUUCAGCACAACAAGGGACUGCUUCACAAUACUUUGUCUUGCUGAUAAUCACAGAUGGAGAGAUCACUGAUUUAGACCAAACCAGGCAAGCCAUUGUCAAUGCCUCCAAGCUGCCCAUGUCUAUUAUUAUUAUUGGAGUUGGCAAUGCUGAAUUCAAAGCCAUGGAAUUCCUGGAUGGGGAUGAUGGUGUUCUAAAGUCCUUAUCGGGGGAGCCAGCUGCAAGGGAUAUUGUCCAGUUUGUUCCUUUUCGAAAGUUCCAAAAUGCUCCUCGUGAAGCACUUUCCCAGACAGUUUUGGCCGAAGUUCCCAAGCAACUGGUCACCUACUUCAAGCAGGUUGGCCUGACUCCUGUGAAAUUACCUUCUGAAAAGCAACCAGAAAACAAACCAUAACUGGAGAAGAAAGAAGAGAACACUGCAUAUACCACUUUCUAAUAAAUAGGCAUAUAUUACCCUGUAUUUCAAAUAAGGUUUCUACAUAUAUUGGAUAUAUGAUAUACUCUGCAGACAGUAUAUAAGAAUACUCAUGCUCUUAGUGGUUCUUAGUAAGGAAACUACUUCACAUCUCAAAUCAUUAAUCAUGGCCAUGUAUUUUUUCUAUUCUUUGCACAUGCUAUGAGUAAUGUAGCAUCUUGCAAUGAAUUUUGAAUUUGAUUCUUUAAAGGACGAUUCUAGCAUGACUCACUGCUUUAUGAUAUGGAAACUGAAUGUGCCCUUGGGUAUGACUUUCAGAAAGUGGUUGGGCUCUGCUAUACCUGUUAUAUCGCUUACGGAUGCUCCUUAAUAGUUCAUUAAGCCUUCUCCUUUUCACCUUUUCCAUUAGUUCAGCCUUUCAGUGCAUUUUUGAAAGAAAUGAUAAUCAUGUAGAACUAUUUCUCCAGAUUACAGAGUUGAUACUGAAUUCUUCUUAGCUUACACAGGCUGAGUAUCUCUUAUCCAGAAAUGAGAAAUGGUCUCUAAUCCAAAUUUGUGCACAUGGUUGAUUGAAACAGGGACAUCUUUGCUUUCUGAUGGUUCAAACUUUGUUUCAUGCACAAAAUUAUUAAAAUAGUGUGCAUAAAGUUCCCUUUAGGUUAAAGCAUAUAAGGUGAAUAGGAAACAUAAAUUAAUUUCAUGUUGAGAUUUGAAUCCAUAUCCAAGAAAUGACAUUUAUCUAUAUGGAAAUUUUCCAAAAUCCAAAAUACUUCUAUUUCCAAGCAUUUUGGAUAAAUAAUACUCAAACUGUAGUGACUUUUGUGCAAAAUACCAUUAUUGCUUAUCAUGGCUUCCUAAAACAUGAAAAGAUCCAAAAUGAGAAGAUAAGAGCUGGCCUUAUAUUCCUGCAGUUCACUAAAAUACUUUGUUCUUUGAAUCAUUUCGUUUCCUAGUUUGGAAUGCAUUAGAAAUCUUGGUGCUGUAACAUUUUUAUAUAAUUCUGUAAGCUGUAGUAUAUCUCAUGGUCUAUUGCUGGAAAGUGUUUUCUAGUGUCUGACUAGAAAGAGAAAUCCUUUUGCAUUGAUGAUUGCACCAAAUACUUCUGUUGCCUUAAAUUCUGAUGUGCCUUUAAGUAAUGUCAUAUAUUUUUAAAGAUAUAUUUUAUAAAGAAGCUUUAAUCAUUAUUUCCCAAGAUGAUUGUAUAUCAUUUU